UACCUUAUCUUUCUCGACCACUACUCCAGUCGUGUUGUAUGUGUGUCUCUCUCUUUCCCGUCCCAUUCCCCUGAGUGCAUCCUUCCUAAGAAAAUCUCUGCUGCCUUCCGCCUUUCAUUUCUCUGUGUGUGUGUGUCUGCACGUGUCUGUCUGAGAAGUUGUGCAGUGGUUCCCCCUCAAUCCAAAUAACCAUUUACAAGUAUGGCAGCCACACUCGGCCUCCCAAAACUCCUUAAUCAUCCAAGAAAGUCGCAACCACAAAUCCACUCAAAAUUGCUCCCCAUUUCCCUCAAGACUUCAAAAUCCCAAAACCAUUCUUCCAAAGAUUCACAUGAUCCUCAAAACCUCCUCAAUCAAACAACUAUCCACCUGAAAUCAGCUUCGCUCCCUCUUACAGCACUCACAUUGCCUUUCUUUCUACACCCCGAGGAUGCAGUUGCUGCUGGUGGGCAAUUCGGGAUUCUUGAAGGGAGAUCAUUUGCUUUGGUUCAUCCUAUUGUGAUGAGUGGCCUAUUUUUGUACACGUUGUAUGCUGGAUAUCUUGGGUGGCAGUGGAGGAGAGUUCGCACUAUCCAGGAUGAGAUUAAUGAGCUAAAGAAGCAAGUGAAGCCUGUCGCUGUCACUCCUGAUGGCACCCCACCAGCCGAGCCCCCCAAGCCGUCCCCUGUUGAGGCCAAGAUUCAGCAGCUCACUGAGGAAAGAAAGGCGUUAAUCAAAGGGUCAUACAGAGAUAAACACUUCAACGCUGGCUCCAUAUUGCUGGGAUUCGGGGUGUUUGAAUCCGUGUUUGGAGGGCUCAACACGUGGUUCAGGACCGGAAAGCUAUUCCCUGGACCUCAUUUGUUUGCCGGGGCAGCCAUUACGGUCCUUUGGGCAGCAGCCGCAGCAUUAGUCCCUCCAAUGCAGAAGGGAAGUGAAACUGCCAGAAAUCUUCACAUUGCAUUGAAUGUGUUGAACGUAAUUCUCUUCAUUUGGCAGAUACCUACUGGAAUCGACAUUGUCUUUAAAGUAUUCGAGUUCACCAAAUGGCCUUGAAUUAGUGAACUCCGAGAUGGAGUUUUUGAUAUGUUUGUAUCAGAUGAUUUAAUUUCCUCAAUUCAAUUUAUGCAGAUAUAACUCUGAUUAAUAGGAAAGUUGAAUUGGUAUCUGUGUAUACGAAAUGUCUUGUGCUUAUGUUAGUCCCUCACUGAAAAAAGAACCAAAUAGUGGGGGAACUAUGGCAGAAUUAGACUUUUUCAGUGAUGCUUUAAGGUUGUAAUUAGUAAGUAACUUUAUUUUAUUAUAUCUUGUCGGGGAAAGGGGUCACCCAGAGAUUGGUUUGAUUCUA